AUUAAUCUAGUAUCUGCUGCAUACGCUCGUAGUGAGAUGUCUAUCAAUAAUCUGACGGCAUCUACAUCUGCAAAUGGAUCCGGAUCCGGAUCCGGAUCUGGCCUCUUAAUGCCAUCCGCCGGAUUGGAAGACAGAUCGAAAAAGUCUCAAAACAUGACGGAAUGUGUACCGGUUCCGAGCUCGGAACAUGUUGCGGAGAUCGUCGGACGACAAGGAUGCAAGAUCAAAGCUCUGAGAGCGAAGACAAACACAUAUAUCAAAACUCCAGUUCGGGGAGAGGAGCCGGUGUUUGUGGUAACAGGACGUAAAGAGGAUGUUAACAAGGCCAAACGGGAAAUACUCUCAGCUGCGGAUCAUUUCAGUUUAAUUCGGGCAUCUCGAAAGCCAUCGAUGGCGGGAUUGGGAUCGGGAAAUAGUAAUGCAGGAUCAUUGAACGUCGGCGUCGUGACGCGCACACAGAAUGGACCACCCUGUUUGCCGGGCCAGAUAACAAUACAGGUGCGGGUACCUUAUAGAGUUGUUGGUCUGGUUGUUGGACCCAAAGGGGCAACCAUAAAGCACAUUCAGCAGGAGACGCAAACCUAUAUAGUGACGCCGUCGCGGGAGAAGGAGCCGAUCUUUGAGGUAACGGGACUGCCCGAAAAUGUGGAGACGGCCCGAAAGCAAAUCGAGGCUCACAUUGCAUUACGCACUGGUAACAGUAACAGUAACAGUAACUGUAACAGUAACAGCAACAGUAACAGCAAUAACUCGAGCGAAUUUGCUACACUGCAUACAAUAAAUACACUCACACAAAUAUUAAAUGAUGACAUCAACUCAGAUAUAUUGUCAUCGAUUUAUAAGAUCGAUGCCACAGAUCCCACAUCGAGCUAUACCUGUGCAGAUAAUUCCCUAAUGUCAAUGUCAAUGUCAAUGCCAAUUUCGAUCCCAAUGACAAUGCCAAUGACAAUGUCAAUGCCAGUUAAAGCAAACUUGUCAAACUGUUAUCAAAAUUCGGAAUUAAUUGAAACGGCGACAGCUUCAACUUCAACAUCAACUUCAACUUCAAGUUCAAGUUCAACUUUGCUGCCAGUUGUAACAGGAAGCAUUAGCGAAAAUAAUGCUUGCAAAUUAAAUGCAAAUGCAAAUAAUAAUAAUAAUAAUAUUGGUAAUGUCAAUACGAGUUCCUUAUACCGCAACAAGACCUUAUCAUUUUGUCCGCCCACAUCGACAUCUGUAUCUUGCCAUUUAAUGUCGUCUAAUAUUUUGACUCGCUCGUGUUCAUCAGCCUCAUCGACAGCAUCAACCAAAAGCACUAAUAAUAGUGCCAAUAGCACAAACAGUGCUAAUACUCCACCAGAGCUAUUGAACAUAUGGAAGAAUAUCAACGAUUCGAUAGACGUGGACGAGGGCAUCGGAGACUCGCCCAGCAUUUGGAAUCUGCCAACAGCGACCGCUGUUAAUGUUAAUGUUAAUGUGAAUGUUAAUGCAACAGCCUCGACAUCACAUUGUUCGCCAACCGCUUCAAUUAGUCCAACGGAUUCACUGCUCGGUGAUACAACGAAGAGCACCAAGAUUCCAGAUGCUAAUAGUCUAUUAUUACAUCAUCAGCAUUCGCAUCAGAUGCAGAUGCAGAUGCAGAUGCAAAAGAAUCGCGAAUGCUUUGUGUGCAAUGAGAGAGAAGUGACGACAGCUCUAGUUCCCUGUGGUCACAAUAUGUUUUGCAUGGACUGUGCCAACCAGAUCUGUGUCUCCAUGGAAUCCAUAUGCCCCAUUUGCCACUCCAUCGUUUACCACGCCAUGCGAAUUUUAGCCUAAUCUCAAAAAUAAACUAUGAAUACUCAUAAAUAUAUAUUGUAAACUCCCCUUUCGUAUUAUCCAUGAACCAAAAACCUAAUCAAAAUCAUAA